CGCCUUCCGCUGCUGCCUGCUAAAAUUCUUCAAUCCCUUAUUCCUCAGGCCUCAGCCUUCUGGUGAAGAGUCUGCCAAUCAGCCUUCAGACUCUUCAGCCAAACAUGUCGAACCAGGUCUGGCAGAUCUUUGUCUUGAUUUAAAUGAAGUUGGGUUAAAGAGUGGGCCGUUUUAUUUCUGUAGCCAAACAUGAUCGACCGACACCCCUUUCCUAAUAAUCAGAUCCUUCAUCUUCUGAACUAAGAAAAUCCCAGUCUACCUCUGAAAUCAUUAUUCGAAAUAUAGGAGAUCAAAGCUUGCCCAUCAGUCUCAAUCUGAAAGUCAACAUAACCCGCCUCUACUAUCCACUCAGCCGCCAACACCAUCGUUCUCAGUUCUGCUUCUUCACUGGAGUCAGCUUGAAGAUGAAAAAACCUAGCAAAUAUCUGCGGAUUUCUAAGGAUAGCACCUCCCACGGCUUUCCCAGGAUUGAACUGCACAUGUAACUAUUAUCUCUAUCUGGGUUGAAGAUUAUUUUUGUCUGGAUGUGGACCCGUGUGAAACCAAACUAUAUAUUAAGAGAAGGCAGCUCGAUCAACCAACUGAGAAUUCUAUCCUUGCAGGUUGGAUAUUUUCGACAUUCUCAUUUCCAGACAAAGCCGCAAACUGGUUCUGAUGAUGUUUCACAUUCAGCAACAGAAUUUGCCAAAAGAAAGGUCCAAAGCAUCAUUGGGAUUUUCUGGGAUUUAGGUAACAACAAACCACCAAGAACGUUACCUCCUUUUGAGGCAGCUACAAAGAUAAGAAAGGCGGCAGAGCAGUUUGGAUUUGUUAGGUAUAUGAUAGCCUAUGCUAAUGAACAUGCACUCAGUUAUGUUCCACCUGCUGUAAAGAAGAAGAGGAAAGAAUGUAAAAUGUCAAAUGACUUGGAGUAUACCUGUAGGGUGUGUGGAAGGAGGUUUUAUGCUAACGAGAAGUUAAUAAACCAUUUUAAGCAAAUCCACGAGCGUGAGAAUAUGAAACGGGUCAAUCAGAUUGAGAGUGCAAGAGGGAGCAGGAGGGUGAACUUGGUGGCAAAAUACGCAACAAAGAUGCAUAAGUUUAAGAGUGCAUCUAGAGACAUUCUGUCACCAAAAGUUGGGUACGGUUUGGCGGAUGAGUUGAGACGCGCCGGAUUCUGGGUUAAGUGUGUUCCAAAUAAACCAGACGCUUCAGAUAUUGGUAUAAGGGACCAUUUGUUGGAUAUGAUGGACAAAAAGAUGGUAGACUGUGUGCUUCUUAUAUCUGAUGAUCUGAAUUUCGUGGAGGUUUUGGAGGAGGCAAAGUCGAGGUGUUUGAGGACGGUGGUCAUUAGUGAUGUCAGAGAAGGGGCUCUCAAGAGGACCGCUGAUGCUUCAUUUUCAUGGGAGGAGGUAGUGAUGGAGAAGGCCAAGAAAGAAGCUGUCGCAGUUGUGGGUCGGUGGAAGGACCGCGACAUGUUGAAAACAUUGGAAUGGACUUAUGAUCCAGAGAGACAGAAAAUACUAUUUAUUAUCUGACAUUGAUAGUGAGAACUGGUCUAAUGGGGAAAAUAGUGAUGAUCAUUUCCUGCAGAAGGAAGAUACUGGAGCAUGGUGGGAGCUGGACUCUUAGACUGCCAACAUGAACGGAUGACCGUCACAGUCAUUUCAAAGAUAUACUAGGCUCCGUUUUGUAGCCAUAAUCGGCUUAAUCUGAUUAUUCUAUACUAAAAUAAAUAGCUUCCAACUUACUUGGCUGAAAUGGAUGUGGUUGUUUCCAGAAGCUUUUCCUUUAAAAACAUCACCCGGUUAAAUUAUUUUAGCCACGCACAGACUUUACCCUAAAGGCCGUUGUACAUGAAGAAACUGAAGUGGCGGGCUAUUGAAACAUAUGGGGUCAUUGUGCAUGAGCUAAGACAAGUCCGUCUCACGAACAUAAUGUCUGUGAUGAUAAUGUUUCUGUUUGUGUUACAACAUGGUUGAUGAAAAGGUUGAGUUUUUCUAGCUAGAGUUCAGCAGGCUUGUUGUACUCACGGCCGGUCCUAGGGGGAGGGCAGCAGGGGCAACCGCCCUAGGCCCCAAAAAAGUAUAAAGAAAAUUAGG